CUAGGGAACCGGGGUGGCGGUGGGAAAAGGGCCCAAAAAACUGUUCCGUUUCACCAUGCGCCAGGCGCAGCGACGGUCUUUGUGGGCCCCGGUAGCAACGACGGUCGCUCUCGCUCUCGGUGUCACGAACGUACGACCUGGAAUGGCUUUCGCGGCGAGAGUUCUGGUUACCGGCGGCGCUGGCUACAUCGGAUCCCACACAUGCGUGGAGCUCAUCAAGGCCGGGGAAAAGGUGGUGGUCGUGGACGACUUGAGCAACGCUGUUGAGGAAUCCCUCAACAGGGUGCGAGAACUCACCAAAUGCGACGACGACCAGCUAGUGUUCCGCAAGGUGAACCUGCUGGAUCAACCAGCGCUGGAGAGCGUGUUCAACGACUACGAGUUCGACUCCUGCGUGCACUUUGCAGGGCUAAAGGCUGUGGGAGAGAGCGUCGCCAAGCCACUCCUCUACUACAGGAACAACAUCGAGGGCACUCUCAACCUCGUGGAGUGUAUGCAGAAGCAGCCGGGGUGCCGCAAGCUUGUCUUCUCUUCUUCGGCGACGGUGUAUGGGGAGCCGGACAAGCUCCCACUCGACGAGAGCAGCAGCGUUGGCGUGGGCAUCACCAACCCGUAUGGGAGAACCAAGUACAUGAUUGAGGAAAUCCUGAGGGACAUGUCAAAGUCAGACCCAUCGUGGGAUAUCCUGCUAUUGCGGUACUUCAACCCCAUCGGAGCGCACGAGAGCGGUAGGAUGGGAGAGGACCCGGAAGGCAUCCCGAACAACCUCAUGCCCUUCGUGGCACAGGUGUGCGUGGGGAGGAGGGAGUUUCUGAGCGUGUUCGGGGACGACUACGGGACCCCCGACGGGACUGGAGUUAGGGAUUACAUCCACGUGAUGGAUCUCGCAGAGGGGCACGUGGCUGCCGUCAGAAAGUUGAGAGAGUCGUGCACAGGCUGCGCGGCGGUCAACCUGGGGACAGGGUCGGGGUACUCGGUGAUGGAUGUGGUGAAGGGGAUGGAGGAAGCUUGCGGGAACCCCAUCCCGUACAAGGAGCAGGUGAUGCCGCGGAGAGCGGGAGACGUGGAAGCCAUGUACGCAGACCCGUCCCUAGCUAAGAGCAUGCUCGGGUGGACUGCGAAGCGUGGCCUUAAGGACAUGUGCACGGACACGUGGAGAUGGCAGAGCGCCCACCCCAACGGCUAUAAGUAGCCCAACCGCUCUUAGCCCACAAGCCUCGCAAGUACUAUGCCUAUAGAGUCAUUCAUAGACACCAGGAGUGCCGAGUGCCGAUCGCACGUCCUUAGAAUAGUGAUACUACGUACAUGUUUCGUUUUUUCAACCCCAUUCAGUGUUUUUGCCGGUAACACAACCCAUCCUGCGCAAUGUUCUCAGUUCGUACUGUUGUGUUGUUAAGUUUUUUGUGUUAGGACGUCGACUUUGGAUGUUUUUUUUUCGUCCACGAGGCGUUCCGGUGGCAUUGCAUUAGCCUCGGCACACAGCGCACGGUAGGUCGAUAGUACGAGCGACGACUCUAUUAAAGUAGUUUGGUGGAUGAUACGAAACUGUUGUUGCACUCUACAGUGCAGAUUGCCUUUUCCCUGUCGCAUGCCGACGCAUACACUACCGGCUUGUUGAUACCCCGGUUUGAGUGGGCUUGACAAAAGUUACAAAAACACGUCUAGAGUAGCUACGAAAUACGGUGCUGAUUUUGUCCCGCGGGUGGAA